GUCCGACUACGUCAUCGAAAGUACUUCCGGGUUGAACGGCAACCGUUUUUGGUCCUCUAGCAAGCGACAGCGAGCCGCCUUUUGGUAUCGUUAUUAAUUUACCCAAGAUGAAGCCAAAGUCCCCUCAGUGCUGAAUUCGACACAACCAGCAAAGUCCACGAUGUCGUUACCAGAGGAGUUGGGGGCUCGCAGAAAAGAGCGCAGGAUGGGAGCGCAGCCCAAGGUGCGACUGAGUCGGUCGGAGGAGAGACGAGACACUGGCGGCGGCCGCAAAGCUUCUCACGGCAGGCGGAAGGAUUUCGCCGCACACCAACCGGCUGCCGAACGGCCCGUCAGCGACGGCUUUGAGUAUGGGGACUUUUUGAAAGAGCUGGAGAGCAGUGACCAGGCCGGAGCCAGCUCCUCAUUUUCCCAGAGAUUGGGCUGCCGAUGUCAUAAUAAGGAAGUCUCAGAAGAGGGGGCAUCCAGUCCGGUGUUGGGUGCAGAGUCGUCAGCCGGCGAAGGUAGCAGCAGUCGCACACUCCGGCAAAAAAUCCAAGACGCGGUGGGGCAGUGCUUCCCCAUGAAGACUCACAGCGCAGCGAGCGUGCCGUCACUCCCUCAGGCGUUGUCCUUGUCAGCAGGCUGCACUGCCUCGAGGCGGAAGAUCCACUUGAGCGAGUUGAUGCUGGACAGCUGCCCCUUCGCGGCGGGCUCGGAGCUGGCUCAGAAGUGGCAUGUCAUAAAGCAGCACACGGCGAUGGACCCCGCCGCCGGGCUUUCGGCCUUCCCGGCGGACGAUGUGGACGACCGACUGAGGGAGCGCCGGCGCAUCAGCAUCGAGCACGGCGUGGAGCCACCGGCCAACGCCGAGAUCCACACCCUGGAGGUGAUGUCCCAGACCGGCCCGGCGUUCCACAGGCGGCGCGGCCCCAAGCUGGCCCAUGGCGUGACCGAAGCGGCUGGAGCCGAGCAGAAGCAGCUUCACCUCCAGCGGCAGCACCAGCUCCUUCUGCAGACCUGUUUGGACACUCUCGACGAGGUGGUGGCGUCCUCUUCGCCCUCUUCCACUUCUUCUUGUGACGCGGAAGUGGCCGCGAGAGCCACGCCUCCCCACACCGGCCCGCUUGUUCACACUCAGAUCGACUACAUCCACUGUUUGGUCCCCGACCUGCUGCAGAUCACCAACCUGCCUUGCUACUGGGGCAUCAUGGACCGUUACGAGGCGGAGGGGCUCCUGGAGGGCAAGCCCGAGGGCACCUUCCUUCUGCGCGACUCUGCUCAGGAGGACUACCUGUUCUCGGUCAGCUUCCGCCGCUACGGCCGCUCGCUGCACGCCCGCGUCGACCAGUGGAACCACAACUUCAGCUUUGACGUGCGCGACCCCAGCGUCUUUCACGCGCCCACCGUCACGGCUUUGUUGGAGCACUACAAGGACCCCAGCUCGUGCAUGUUCUUUGAGCCGUUGCUGUCCUUCCCCAUGCACCGCACGCAGCCCUUCAGCCUGCAGAGGCUGUGCCGCGCCGUCGUCAGCAGCUGCACCACCUACGACGGCAUCAACGCGCUGCCCGUACCCAACGCCUUGAAGAAGCACCUCAAAGAGUAUCACUACAAGCAGAGGGUACACAUCCACAGGCUGGACACGUGGUGGGAAUGAACGUUGACGACAACGACUCCUCGCCAAACUGGACUUAUUUAUUGUACUGUAUAUCCUGCUGUGUACAUUCUAAACACACUGUCAAAAGUAUGUAAACUCUUUCUGCUACAAUAAACCUGCUGAAUUU